AUUCUCUAGCAAUUUAAAAAUGUGAUGCUCAUUUGGAUUAGAGAAUUGUUUAUCAUACUUCGAUACGACCUAUCGAUAUCCACGUUUGCGAUUUUGGCGGUUAAUCUAAAUACUGGCAUUCGGUUUUGAGGUUAUAUUGGAGGAAAAACGCGUGAACGUUAUGGAGAACGAAAAGGAAAUGAUAGAUGAAGUUGAAGAAACGAAAUUAGAAGAAAAUUGUGUUAAUUCUGAGAAAGAUAGUAAGAUUACCUGCAAAGAAAAUCUAACCCCGUAUUUCAAAGCUUGGGAUCAUAGUGUCAAUAGAGUUCAUUUGUCAGAUGUACCGCAAAUGUGUCGGGAUGAACCAUGUCAACUUGGUAUCGAUGAGGCUGGACGUGGGCCAGUCUUGGGACCCAUGGUUUAUGGGAUUGCCUAUGCACCUUUAUCAGAAAAGCAACUUCUUGUGGAUCUAGGUUGCGCAGACUCCAAGAGUUUGACGGAAGAACAGAGGGACGCAAUUUUCGACAAUAUUUGUAAGCAGCACAAGACAAUAGGUUGGGCUGUAGAUGUCAUAUCCCCUAACAUUAUCGCGAAUAACAUGUACCGUCGUGUUAAGACCUCCCUGAACGAAGUUUCUAUGAAUUCCGCGAUUGAACUAGCCAAACUGGUGAUUGAAGCUGGUGCAAACAUCACAGAAAUCUAUGUAGACACCGUAGGCGUACCGCAGAAGUACCAGGCCAGGUUGGAACAGAUUUUCCCGGACAUAAAGAUAACUGUGGCAAAGAAGGCUGACUCAACGUAUCCUAUCGUCAGUGCUGCCAGUAUUUGCGCUAAAGUUUUGCGCGAUCAUGCUUUGAAAGCUUGGCAAUUUCGCGAAGAGUUGAUAACAACCGAGUACGGAAGCGGAUAUCCUAAUGAUCCGGAUACUAAAAAGUGGUUGUCCGAGAAUGUAGAUCCAGUAUUUGGCUUUCCGCAUAUUGUCAGAUUCAGCUGGUCUACUGCUGAAAAGAUUCUAGAGUCAAAGGCCCUGCCCGUUGAAUGGGAAGAAGUGGAAGACACAGGGAAUCCUGGGGAACAAAAGAUUUCCAAAUUCUUCGCCAAAUCGCCGGUUAAGUCUUGCAAGCCACAGAGCAAGCGACAUCAGUUUUUCACUGAAAGAUGCCUUUCCAGUACUUCCAAAUUAUGAUCUUCUUUGUUUACAAUACGAAUAGUACAUAGACACGCAAACAUAGUAUCUUAUAAUUAAAAAAUUAUUCUUGGAUAAAACUAAGACUUAUGUCUGAUCCAUUGAAGUAAACGCCGCUUUAUUUAUCAGAACGUUAAGUUAGAGAUAAAAGUCGGUUCAAUUUAUGUACAUAUGUACAAAGUGCUCUUACAGUAAAAUACGAUAUGCAGGUAGUGGUUUCUUUUUAUACCACCCCGUGUAUUUCACUUGUAAUUAACAAUUAGGAAUGUUAUUUAGCGCAAAAUGUUCUUUGGUAAAACACACUCUACAUUCACGCGCAUACAUACGGCUCACAAUAACUUCUAGGGUAACAUAUCUCUGUUGAUUAAUAGCGACUAGAUUGAUAAAAGCUACGACGAAAGAGAACACUCUCACCGGGGCUAAAAUCUUUGCUUGUUCUCUCGCGUGACUGGACGAUAGAAACACUCGUGUACAAUUAGAAUAUAAAUAUACUCGGCGUUCGUUCGCUCGUUCGUUCAUUCAUUCA